CUUAAAACCCUAAAUUUUAGCCUAUAAUUAUACUUAGUUGGCCUAUGAUCGAGUGAGUUGUUAUUGGUUUAGACUUUAGAAGUCUUAUCCUUUCUGUUUAAUUCACAAAACCAUAUAUUUUUCUCAUAUAGAUAUAUAUAAUUCUCUCGUCAAACUCAUUCAUUAGCUGUCAAAAUUCACUUCUGGUAGUUCUGUAUUGAUUCUUUCGAAAAAAUAUUUCCGGAAAAUUCCGCCCGUGUCUGGUCGUGGCUCGUCGCCGUUUGGAGAAGAAGAGCUGAUGGACUUACCUUAGAUUUGAUUUAUUUAUUUAUUUCUUUAAAGGAACAUAUAUAAAACGAGUCGAAAAGCGCUGUGCGAGAUUUGUUCAUAUGUGUUUGCUUCCAGGCGCACACACACCACACACCUGGAAAAAGUAGAGAUUUUCGAAGUUCAUGGAAGCAUGUUCACAUUUGAGAGAUGAAACAACACUUGAUGAAGAUGAAAUAGACCAUACUUCAAAUUGGGGGAAUGAGUUUUCUUUGAGGCAUACAGUAGAAGAUUGGGUUUUUGAUGGCUGUAAGAAGAAGCUCAGGUGCUUUUUUGAUCAAAUACUAGGAGUGUUUCUAAAGGAUGUAUCUAAGAAUAGAUGCUUUAGGCCUCUCCCUGUAAUGAAUGGCAAUGGGCAGGAGGUGAAUUUGUUUCAACUUUACUCGUUAGUUAGAAGAAUUGGUGGAUAUGAUGCAGUUUCAAGGGAAAACUUUUGGGGGUUUGUAGCAGAGGAAUGUGGGUUCAGUUUUGGGGAUAUAGCGUUUUUGAAGUUGACUUACAUCAAGUAUUUGAAUGAAUUUGAUCAAUGGAUUCGGCAGCAUUGGAGAGAGAGUAGAUUGGAGAAAGUAGAAAGUGGACUUGUUAGGAGACUGGAACUGUUGUCAAGGGAGUUGGAGAUGAAGUUUAGAAGCUUCUCGUAUGAGGGCAUAGAUGUGAGAAAGAAAAGUAAGAAGUCAUGCUUUCUAAAAAAUGGUGACAAUGGGGGCAUGUACCCAGAUAAGGGUCAGGUUGACUUGGAUUUAUUGCCUGUCAAAAAUGUUGAUAACAUCUGCAGUAAUGCUAAAGAGAGAGUUAUCACGGUUGCUCAAAAUAAUUGGGAUAUGAACAAAGAUGGAGGGGAAGUUCUUUUUGAUGUUGGCAUUGCUAGUGUCUCUGAUUAUGUGGAAUCAUCCAAGAAGUUGGCUGUAAAAAAUGUUGAUAAAAAUAAAGUUCAUAACAAUACUAAAUUAAUAGUUCCCAGUGCUAAAGGCAAGAAUUGUUGUGUGGUCUUUGACAGAGAACAACCAAUCAUUGAUGGUAAAAAUGAUACCGACUAUGCAGCAUCUGCCAAAAAGAUUGUUCAGAAAGUCCUCAAUGCAGUUCCGGAAUUUUCCCAAAGACAAAUUGAUGAUGACAAAAAAUGUUUUACCAAAGACAGUGCUGUUGUUACCUCAGCCAAAAACCUUAUUGAGAGAGUCAUCAAUAAAAUGCAUUACUUCCCUGAAGAAGUUGAGAAACCAGCAAAGGAUGUUGAGGAAAUACAUACAUGGAAGAGAAAACGGGGACCUUCGUGUUUCUCAGGAAUGCUUGAUUGGGUGACCAAUGCUGCAAAAUAUUCUGAUAAUCCUGAAAUUGGGAAAAUUCCUGAUUGUUCCAUGUGGAGGGAUCAUAGCAGCAAUGAAUUUUGGGUCCAGGUUUUAUUGAUUAGAGAAGUGCUACUGAACAAAAAACAUUUCAGGUCAAAUUCUGAAGAAUCUAUCCCCCAGAAGCUCAAAAUGCAUCCUUCAAUGUAUGAUGAUGACAAGCCCAAUCAUCUAUCUGCAGAAAAAACGAGAUGUAGCAAAAGAAUUUUGUCUUUGACAAAACAUGAUUCUUGUCCAUGCUGUCACUCAUGCUCUGCUACUGAUAACAAGGCUGUUAGUCCUCAAAAGGGCGAAACAGAAAUGUGCCCAAAGGAACCAGAGCCCAUGAGAAUCGAGCUACCAGCAACAGAAACUGCCAGUGGUAUUUCUGAUGAAGAGUCAACGGGCCCAGAAGUUUCCGUGGGCCCUCUCUACCAAGCUGAAGUCCCAGAAUGGACUGGUGUGAUUUGUGAGAGUGAUUCCAAGUGGCUGGGCACACGGAUGUGGCCUCCAGAAGAAACGAAAAAAACUAUCAUUGAAUCAGAUCGUAUCGGAAAGGGAAGACGAGGCCGAUGUGAUUGCAAAACUCCUUCAUCUGUUCAAUGCAUAAGGUUUCACACUGCAGAGAACAGGCACAAAUUGAAGCUCGAGCUUGGCCGCUUAUUCCACCAAUGGAGAUUUGACCGCAUGGGGGAGGAAGUUUCUCUUUCGUGGACUUCAAAAGAGGAGGACAAAUUCAAAAGCUUGAUUGGAUUACAUGCUGCAACUCCAAACAAAUUCUGGAAUAAUGCUGCCAAAAUUUUCCCCUCAAAGACAAAGGCAAUGUUGGUUAGCUAUUACUUCAACGUCUUCCUUAUCAAGCGCCGGAGUUAUCAAAACCGGGUAACUCCAAACGAUAUCGACAGUGAUGAUGACGAAAAAGAGUUUGGGUCAGUAGGUGGGAGCUUAGGUCAUGAAGCAAUUCAUGUUCGAGGCUCCAUGCCACUACUGUGCACCGAAAACAAGAAGAAAAUGACGGUGGCUUCUACUUGUUGGGAGUUUUGACGCGAUGCAACAAGGCUGUAGAUGUAGCGGCCUGCUUUAAUGUUUGUCCUUAGAUAGGCAAAGGUUGAACCAUGUAAUGUAGUUUCUUGAUAUAGGAAGUUCAUUUUGUGAACUGGUUGGCUUGUGAAUAUCUCUUUUAGUUUCUGAUAAGGGCAGAUUAUGUUAUGAAGUUUUGAAGUUGGUUGAAUGAAUCAAAAUUUUACAGGCAAA